UGCGCACAGCACAGCACAGCCGGUGGAGCUUCGUUCCUUCCCUUGGGGCGUGGCCCGGACGAAGUGGCCGCCAGCGCCAUUUUUCCCCGACUUGCUUCAAAUUAUUUCCUCCCCCUCCAAACCCAUCACCACCUCCACUCCAUCCAUUCUCUAUCGCUCGGGGCCAUCUUUCAAGAUGUUCAAGAGCGGCCUCUCCUCUUUCGCCAGAGCGGCCCGGCCUACUUUCGCGGCCUCAGCACGGCGCGCAAUAAAGCCCGCGGCCCUGCGAUACCCCCUCACUAGCCGAUUCGCAAGCACAUCGGGAGUUGGCGAUGGCAAGAUUUACCAGGUCAUUGGUGCUGUCGUCGAUGUCAAGUUCGACACCGCGAAGCUCCCUGCGAUCCUGAACGCCUUGGAGACGACCAACAACGGCCAGAAGCUCGUCCUCGAAGUCUCGCAACAUCUGGGCGAAAAUGUUGUCCGCUGCAUUGCUAUGGACGGUACCGAGGGUCUUACCCGAGGCGCCAAGGCCAAGGACACCGGCGCUCCUAUCACGAUUCCCGUCGGCCCUGCCACACUCGGUCGCAUCAUAAACGUCACUGGUGACCCGAUCGACGAGCGUGGACCCAUCAAGACCGACAAGUUCCUACCCAUCCACGCCGAACCCCCGGAGUUCGUCGAGCAAUCUACCACUGCUGAGAUUUUGGUUACCGGUAUCAAGGUCGUCGACCUUCUGGCUCCGUAUGCUCGUGGUGGAAAGAUCGGUCUCUUCGGUGGUGCUGGUGUCGGCAAGACUGUGUUCAUCCAGGAACUCAUCAACAACAUCGCCAAGGCCCACGGUGGUUACUCCGUCUUCACCGGUGUCGGCGAGCGAACCCGCGAGGGCAACGAUCUGUACCACGAAAUGCAGGAGACCUCCGUCAUUCAACUAGACGGCGAGUCCAAGGUCGCCCUGGUGUUCGGUCAGAUGAACGAGCCCCCGGGUGCCCGUGCCCGUGUCGCUCUCACUGGUCUGACCAUUGCCGAGUACUUCCGUGACCAGGAGGGCCAGGAUGUGCUUCUCUUCAUCGAUAACAUUUUCCGAUUCACCCAAGCUGGUUCUGAGGUGUCUGCUCUCCUAGGUCGUAUCCCUUCGGCCGUCGGUUACCAACCCACUCUCGCUAUUGAUAUGGGUGGUAUGCAGGAGCGAAUUACCACUACCAAGAAGGGUUCCAUUACUUCCGUCCAGGCCGUCUACGUCCCCGCUGACGAUCUGACUGACCCUGCCCCCGCUACCACCUUCGCCCACUUGGACGCCACCACCGUCUUGUCCCGUGGCAUCUCGGAGUUGGGUAUCUACCCCGCCGUCGACCCUCUGGACUCCAAGUCCCGUAUGCUCGACCCCCGUAUCGUCGGUCAGGACCACUACGAUACCGCCACCCGCGUCCAACAGAUCCUCCAGGAGUACAAGUCGCUGCAGGAUAUCAUUGCCAUUCUGGGUAUGGACGAACUGUCAGAAGCUGACAAGCUCACGGUCGAACGUGCUCGAAAGAUCCAGCGUUUCCUCAGCCAACCCUUCACCGUCGCCCAGGUCUUCACGGGUAUCGAGGGCAAGCUGGUCGACCUGAAGGACACCAUCGCCUCCUUCAAGGCCAUCCUGGCUGGUGAGGGUGACGACCUUCCCGAAGGUGCUUUCUACAUGGUCGGUGACUUUGCAUCGGCUAAGGCGAAGGGAGAGAAGAUCUUGGCCGAACUGGAGAAGUCGUAAGGAGCUAAUACGGACUGCUGUUAAAUAGACACUACUAGGGAAAGAGAGGGGGUAG